AUGCCCAUUGUUAUUCAUGUUGAGGCGCAGGUAAAGCCUAAUGUCAACAUCAAGAAGGAGACACCAGUCCUGCGGACUUCACUGCUCGAAUGGAUUAAAGGAGAUCGUGCGCGCUUGGUCCGCUUUAUCAAGUCCGCCAUGCGAACUAAUGGACACUACAUGCUGCAUGAGCUUCCCGAUGAGCUAUCUCAAGUGCUGGAAAAGGUGAGCAUCAACAUCGACAACAAAACAGAAGAACUUGACCGCCUGGUAGCGUCUCGAGACCCUGAGUGCAAUUCAGUGAUGCUCAAUGCUGAAUGUUACUUUUACCCGCUCUUUGAUGAAAUUAUGCAAAACAACUUUGAGGAGGAUUUGCCGGCGUCUUUUCACACUUUGCUGCCUUCAGCGAAUUUGGACGGGCUUUGGGAAAGCUUAAUCUUUGACUCAAACAUUCGUCUGAAGUUGCUCAACUACGUGAAGACUUCACUGCUUUUUGCCAACCAGAAAGUGAAUCCCUCCAUUAUCGCUUGGAAUAAGGUUAUUCUACUGCAUGGCCCGCCAGGGACAGGAAAGACGUCUCUCUGCAAAGCUUUAUCACAAAAGUAUGCAAUUCGACUCUACGACCGCUACCAUAACUUUCAGCUGAUUGAAAUCAACUCACACUCACUCUUCUCAAAGUGGUUCUCUGAAAGUGGAAAGCUUGUGUUGAAGCUCUUUGAUGGCAUUCGCGAGUUUGCCGACGACAGCACAAAUCUCAUCUUUGUACUGAUCGACGAAGUGGAAAGUCUGGCGUAUGAUCGUCAGCGUAACAGCAGCUCAGAUCCGUCUGACGCCAUUCGAGUGGUCAAUGCUCUGUUGACUCAAAUUGACUCCAUUCGCAAGUACCCAAACGUGAUCAUUCUCGCCAGCUCUAAUGUGACUGAGGCAAUGGACAAUGCCUUUGUCGAUCGGGCCGACAUCAAGCAGUACAUUGGCCUCCCUUCAGAGUGCACCACCUACAAAAUCUAUCUGACUUGCAUUCACGAACUAUUCAACUCAAAAAUUAUCUACAACAUGGACGGAAAUGGAGAAGAAGGGAGUGCCGAAGAAGAGCAUCGUCAACUUGAGGAGGCCAUUCUCUCGUAUGAUACACUGCAAUCGAUAACACUUGAGAUGGCUGAAAAGGAAAGCCAAUCAGUGCAGGUGGCGUGGAGCAACGGCAGUACACUGCUGCAAAUCGUCAGGAAGAGCGGCACUCUGAGUGGAAGGACCAUUCGGAAGUUGCCCUUUCUCGCCAUUGCUCUCUUCAGUCAGUCAGCCAUUCCCAUGAGCAUAGAGGAGUACAUGGUCUGUCUGGAGAGUGCAGUGGACAAGCAACUGGCGGAUAAUGAGUACUUUAAUGUUUGA